AUGGCAAAUCGUGACGGUGGCAGCCAGCACCCCGCUGCCAUGAACGGCCAGACACCUUCAAAGCCCAACGCCUUCGUGCGCAAGGGUUUCAAAAUCACCACUCAGAAACUUCCCAUAUUGAAGUCCGGCCCUAUUGAAGAUAUGACCAAGAAUCUGGGAAUAGCGCCUCCAGAGAUGAUAUUUGGAGACAACUUUGUGACCAUCGAGCAUCCCGCCAGCGCAUGGGGCAUUGCCUUUAGUGCGUUUGAUGCGUUGGACCGAGUGGACAAGACGGGGGCUGCUAUGCUGAAAGUUGCAUACUCCAAAGAAUGGCAAAAAAGCAGAGAACAUACCCACGAAGGGAUCAAGGAAGUCGUCAAACCUUUUGACUGGUCCUACAGUACUGAUUUUAAAGGAACUCUACAACCUGAAUCGCCGCCGUUCAGUCCUACUAAUGAUCAAAUACCCAUUGAGCUUCUGAAACGACCGGAUCCGAUCUUAUUCUUCGACGACGUCAUAUUGUACGAGGACGAACUGGCAGACAAUGGGAUUUCAAUGCUGUCUUGCAAGAUCAGAGUUAUGCCGGAGCGUCUGCUAUUACUGUCGCGCUUCUUCAUGCGACUGGACAACGUGGUCGUGCGGCUCAGGGAUACCAGAAUAUACGUGGAUUUUGACAAGGCGGAAGUCAUACGAGAAUACCAGGCGAGAGAAAUGAGCUAUGAAGACGCUCGAAAGAGCCGGUCGCUGUAUGCCAAGAGUCGCGCGCUGCCACUCCUAAAACACGAUAGAGCUUUAAGCAGAACCAACCCAAGAACCCCAGCGCAAUUGGGCUUUGCGACAUCAGCUCGAAGCUAUGCGGCGGCAAAACCCUCGUCCGACUUGGUGCGCAAAUGGGCAUCAGAAGGAAGCGCCACCGGAACCUACGUGUCUUACGGCUUCACCGAAAAGCUGUUUGAAGCGUGCUCUGCUCAGGCAGACUACCGCAUGCCCAAGAAGGGAGAAUAUAGUGAGCUGCCGCCCAAAACCGAGGGUGGUGAGGAUGUCGGAAUUGGAGAGGGGCUGUGGUAUUCUGAGCUUGGCUUGCUACCGACGUUCUCAACCUGGUCGCAGGUAACCUUUUUGCACAUGUAUCUCCUCACAGUGCGCCUCCGAGCCAUGCAGUCCCCCGAGGCCUUCCAAACGCAUUCGCAGCAUCUGUUCGACCACUUCUCGCACAACGCCGAAGACCGUAUGGCAACGCUCCACGACCUUUCGAGUCGAGGCAUCAGAAAUAGGUACCUCAAGGAUCUGUUCAUCCAAUGGCGAGGUAUCCUGGCCGCAUACGACGAGGGUCUCGUCAAAGGCGACGCUGUCCUGGGCGCGGCUGUCUGGCGGAAUAUAUGGAAAGCCAGCUCGACCGAUCACGACGGGAAAGAUGUCGACUGGGCCAAGAUCGCCACCGUGGUCGGGUACACGAGACGGAUUCUCUCGGAAUUGGCAGAAAUACCGGACGCUGAUUUGGCCAACGCGCCACAGAUUUUUGGUCUGAAGAAGAUAGAUUCGAGCCUUGCGCGGAAGAACUAG